AUGGUGAAAUUCUGGUGGAUGUUUAUUUUGUUCGCUAAAACGGCAUCGGCUAGUGAUAACGAACUUCCAGCUUCUGAAGCCCAAAAAGAGUCACGCUUUCUUCCCCUGUUUGAAGUAAAGCGUUUUGACAAUCGGCCUGGCAUUGGCCCUGGUGGUUUGCCCCCGCUAACCACUGUGCCGAUCGCCGGGGAAAGAUGUUCAGCGCGAUUGGAAUCUGCACUAGACCAGAUGAAACGACGAAAACGAACGCAGCUUAUGAAUUUGGAAACACCGCCGAAUCAAAGCAUAGAUCUCAACGGCUACAGCUUAUACCAGCAAAUGCGUUCAGCACCAGUCGAUAUGUACGUCACAAGAAUGCGAGUUCGUCUCCCUCAGAACAGCAACUGGGUACGAGUCGAAAAAUGCUACUUCGACCCGAGAAACGUUUCUUUAGACACCAUGUUGCUGUUUCACGAUAUAACUAUAAGUGGCAACGUAGAUUUGUACGAUGCUAACGAUUUGGAUCGAGGGCUACCACCAAAUAGAAGAUUGCGAAGACAUUACGCAAAUUCCAGAUCAAAAGAUGAACCCUUUAUAGAAGAUUAUCCAAGAAAUCGUGGUAGCAAUGGAUGCAAUAUGAUACUAAGGCUUAGAAAAGCCGGUAUCGGCUUUCACACGAGACCCUUGAAUCAACAACCUGGAAAAUUUAAUGUUAAAACUGAUUCUGAAUUUGUAGAACCUGGAUUUAUAAGCGUUUAUGCGUAUGGUUGCGAAAAGUAUAUCAACAGGAACUCUGUUAAGAAUAAAGAUAAUUUACCCUUAAAACGAAAAAGAAGGUCGGAUGAGUUUUCUUUUGAACCACAUUUUAGACAAAUAUAUGACAUUGGUUUAGAUAGUAAGUCUGCAGACAAUAACUGGGACAUUGUCUACGAACCACGCAGUAGAGUAAACUACGAGAGAAGUAAGCUAUUCAGGCCUGAUGAUGAGUUGGACGAAGCUGAAGACAUAUCCAGGGAAAUGGAGGACAUUUUUACGAAAGGUAUAAGGACUCUUUUAACAACAUAUAUGAAGAAGGAAUUGCAGCCCGCUAUUAAAGAUACUUUGAUGAGAAAUAUGGGUUAUGUGAUAUCUUAUGGUUAA